UAAAACUGUGCAAAAGUAAAGUUCAACUCAGAUUUGCUAGUAAAAAGUGCGAUAUGAAUGCUAAGUUCUUGCUAAUAUUUUUGUCAAGUGCAUGCUGUGUUUAUGGACAAAAUGAAGCCGCAAUCUGUACUAAAUUUUGGAAUAAUUCAUACUACGGCUACACUUGUGAUUUAACGAUUAUCAAUCCGAAUGGUCUUAACAACUUUAAUGAAAUAAGUGGACAGCAUUUGAAUGGGAAAUCAAACGAAGAUGUUUUUUAUAUAUAUUCUUACAAUUCAGGAGCAAAUUCGACAAAUAUUCCAUCAGUGAUUUGCCAACAGUUUCCAAAUUUAGACCGGAUCCAAAUUCAGCGUUUUGGAAUUCGAGCCGUCGACGACUAUUCCUUUAGUAACUGCAAAAAAAUUCAGUACAUUUACAUUAAUGAAAAUUAUAUCAGUCAAAUUCAUGAAAAUUCAUUUCAAAAUAAUCCAGAUCUACUUCGACUGUCCUUACAAUAUAAUCAAAUAGCAGUUCUGCCUGAAAAACUAUUUAUUAAUUUAAAUAAGCUCCAGAUGCUUGAUCUUGGACAGAACCGAAUUAGUACAUUGCCAACAACCGCAUUCAACACAUUAAUAAGCUUAGAUUUCUUAUUAUUAAAUAAUAAUUUGCUUACAAAUCUUCCAGCAAAUGUUUUUAAUGCAUUAAAAAAUAUGACAAUGAUCUAUUUAGAUAGUAACAAACUUGAUGUCAUCCAUGCAUUUCCAUUCGGAGUAUUGCCAAAAUUAAAAACCGCGAAUCUGCAUAGCAAUAAAAUAUAUGCAAUUGAUGAAAAGUUUAUUGACAAUACAAGCAUUAACUUAAUUAACAUGCCUGGUAAUAUUUGUGCUGACAAAAGGAUUGAAGAUCUAACAACAAGAUAUGUUUUGAGGAGAGAAUUGAAGCAGUGCUUUGAUAAUUAUAAGAUUACUUUUGGCUAAUCGUUAUUGUCUUUAAGCAUAGAACAACAAAGCUAUAAAUAAUUUGAGAAUAAGUUAAACGGUCUUUAAAUAGCAAUACGCUGAUGGACCAUAAUAAAGUUAAUUAAGAAGAAGGAA